AUGGACAUGGAAACUCAAGAUGAUUUCAUGGGAUCUAAUGAUCUUACUCAGAUCGUUAAAGGCAAACGCACCAAGCGUCAAAGGUCACCGCCGCCAUAUAAGGUGGUGACCUCUAGCUCAUCGAGUGGUUAUGGUGGUGGUGGAGGAGGAGGAGAAAGAGGAGUUCGUAUAGAGGAGUAUGGUUCAAUUUACUCCCCUACAACUUCUAGUGAGGUUUGUGAGAGCACAGAAGAAGAGGAAGAUAUGGCUAAUUGCUUGAUUCUACUAGCACAAGGUGACGUCCGUCCAAAGCAAAUUCAUGGAAACAAAGGUAGUAAAGUGGAGAAAUUUAGUACCGGAAAAUUCUCUGAUAUGUCCUCCCCAACUAUUAACAAGGCCGGUUUCUUUGUAUACGAGUGCAAAACUUGCAACCGUAGUUUCCCAUCAUUCCAAGCAUUAGGUGGGCAUAGAGCCAGUCACAAAAAGUCUAAGGCCACAGUACUGGAAGAGAACAAGGGUCUUGUGGUGGCAUCAAUGGAGGAUCUUAACGGUUGUCAAUUGAAUAAAAGCCCUGAUCCUUCUCUUUCUCUCCAAACAGCUCACGACAACAAUAACGUCAACAAGGGUUUUCAGGCGAACAAGGCUAAGAUUCACGAGUGCUCAAUUUGUGGCUCGGAGUUCAUGUCUGGCCAAGCCCUUGGUGGUCACAUGAGAAGGCACAGGGCUAACACAGGCGGCAACCAAGCGGGCACGAUCAGUACUGAUUCAUCAAGUGCUACCAUCGAGUCUAAUAUUCAUGGUGAUCAUCAUCAUCAUCAGAUCAAGCCAAGAAAUAUUUUGGCUUUGGAUCUUAAUCUGCCAGCUCCGGAGGAUGAUCAUCACCUUCGCGAAUCCAAGUUUCAAUUCACGUCAGCACAACAAGCUCUUGUGUUCUCCGCCCCAGCCUUGGUGGAUUGCCAUUACUAG